CCGGCAGCCACAGCUCCGGCCCGGCACCGGGAGCACCUUCUGGAGUAAUGCUUCGGCCCCCGCCUGCCUAUUCACAUGGCCGGCGGGUCCCGGAGGGGCACAAGGCUCCGACUUUUCACUCCCACUCCCACUCCCGCCGUUCCUAUCCUCUCUCUCUUCUCUUCUCUUCUCUCCCUCAUAUUGCUUGUCUCGACGAUUUGCAACCCAUCUCGAGACCAGAUCAUCAGCUCGAGCACCUACGUCCUCUCACCCAAUCCUCCUUUUGGUUUCCUUACAAUCAAAAAGAUCCCAAUCAUCACCAUGUCUGACAACGGCAAGAAUCCCGCUGUCACCGGCCCGAAGGGCUCACUCCCCGACGGUGGUCUCAUCAAUUCCCUCGAGGAGAUGUUGACUUACCAGAAGGCCAAGCUGGCUUCCAUGGCGGGUUCUCCCAAGGUCGACCCCAAGGCCGACACCCCCAAGUGUGAGAGUGGCUCCGAGUACUCCAAGAGCUCCUCUUUCCACGAGGGCAGCAAGGCCGGCAAGGGCAAAAAGGUCGGCAAGCGUAAGGGCGGCAAAGGCAGAGGCGGCAAGAAUACCGAUCGCCCCAAGUCCCCUCUGACGACCAAGUUGGUCGUCAAGGAUGAGUCUGCUGCUGCCGACAAAGAGCAGUCUGUCAAGACUGAGACUCCUGCCGGCUCCGAGUACCAGGUCGACGUCAAGGUCGGGACCGACGAUCGUGUCGACAGCAAGGCCAGUGUCAAGGUUGAAGCUCCUGCUGAUAUCGAGCACGAGCACAAGGUUAAGUCUGAGUCUGUCGCUGCUGUCGAGACUGACGAGAUUCCCAUCGAUGUUGGCGAGAAUGACCCCUCCAUCAAGACCGAGAUCAAAGAGGAAAAUGCCUCUGGCUCUGGCCACGGCUUUGAGUUCAAGAGCCCGUCCAGUCCCUCCAUCAAGGCUGAGAUCAAGGAGGAGAGCGCCUCUGGCUCUGAUCGCGGCAUCGAUUUCAAAAGCCCGCCUAGCCCUCCCAAGACUCCCGUCAAGGCCGAGGAUCAAGCUGCUUUGGGCCCUCAGAUCAACAAGGAGAGCUCCGGCUCUGACUAUGCCGUCACGACUCAGGAGGAGAGUCCCGUUAUCUCCGACGAGGCCAAUACCAUGAAGCUUGCGAAGUCUUCUUCGGAGAAUCUUCUCCAGAACACCAAGGGAGAGACCGCCGGCUCCAACAAUUCCGAUGUUCAGCAGGAGUGUGACGACAGCCCCCCUGUCCAAAUUCGUCAAAAGGUCCAAAUCCUGACAUACCAUCGAGACGCCGACAUGUAUGUCCGUGUCCGUAACGCCGCGUCUCUCGGUUACGGGUAUGCUCAUGUCCGCAAGGAUGCCCUGAUUUCUGCUUCGGGCGCCAUGAAGGCGAAAUUCGGCAAUGCUGCCAAUGCUAUCAUGAUGACGGAUAAAGACGAUAGUCCUUUUGGGUUGAACGUUGUGUUUUCUAUCCUUCACCACAAGUACCACGAACUUGGCAUUCGUCCGACUAUUUCUGAGCUCUAUGGCCUGGCCCAGGUAGUGGAGAAGUACGAUGUGGCACACGUUAUUGUGCCGUUUGCCGAGAAGUGGUUGAUUCAUGAUUUGAAUUUUUAUAUCAUCAUGGCCGGGGAGAAUCUCAACAACGAGCGGGUCAUGGUGAUGACUUGGAUCUUUGGUGAGGGCCGCUGGUUCUCCCGCACUCUUCCCAAGGUUGCCCGCGAGGCUACGCUUCAGGACGGCGUCCUUACGGGCGCCGAUGGUCCUUUCGCUGGAAGAAUUCCGGACCACUUGAUCGAAUGCAUGUCCAAGUAUCGGCUGUUCUGCCUUCGCAAGUUGCACAAGUGCAUCGAUGAGCCCCUGACGGCACUGAUCAACGGAUCUCGUCAAUACUGUCGCGCUGGCGAUGCCACCGCCGACAUCAAAGAAUCCUGCAACCAUCAGCACCUCGGAGGAAUGAUCUCUGGGCUGACCAUCGCCGGGUUGGUCCCCUUCCCGGAGCCGGAGCGGUACCAAGGAAGCGUUUUGGACCUCAUCCAGAAGCUGCAGUCCAUCCGCCCUGUGCGCUACAAGGUUCCGGGUAUCUCGCCCCAUAUUGACACGCACCAGAACUGCGGCAUUCGCCAUUUGCAGCUUCUCAAGGCAGUUGGGGCUGAGCCCAUUCGUUUGACCAACGAGUUGUACCAAGACUUCAAGCGCCGUGGUCAGAAGACCGGCGUGUUCUCGGAGGAGCUCUACAAUGAGCUCAAGGUUGAAGAGAUCCAUCCGGCCGUGGAUAACUUCAAGGAUGACCAGGAUCACUUUAUUCAGGAGUAUUGGGAGUUGGACUUUGAAGUAGGUCAAGAAAGAAAGAGGGGAUGGUGCGUUGUUUGCUGAUCGGCGCUGGUGGCGAAUACCUAUGGUUGGGCACCAGGCAUGUACGGAUGCUUGGGAAGUUUGAUGGGAUCUUUGGUGUUUUCGUCUAGGAUGAUUGUCACUCGGGUAUACGUCAUCUAGUUUCUGUGAAGGUACCAAAGAAACUGUGUUGUAGCUAAAUCUGAGGUCCCUACAUGUUGAAGGGAUUUCUUUUUAACCAUGCA